AUGGCUCUGGCCUUGCAUCCUUUGACAGAGAAGAAAAAGCUGGAUCACUUACCAGUAACUGGAGUUCUCCUAUUGGGUAAUCUCCACAGAUCCACAUUCUUUGAAGUUAUUGUGAAUGCCUCGAGGACCAAGGAACCGUUGAAAUUUCCAAUUUCAGGAAGGAAACCUCGACCUGUCUCCCAGUUGGUUGCACAGCAGGUUACUCAGCAGUUUGUGCCCCCUACACAGUCAAAGAAAGAGAAAAAAGAUAAAGUAGAAAAAGAAAAGAGUGAAAAGGAAACAACUAGCAAAAAGAACAGUCAUAAGAAAACCAGGCCAAGAUUGAAAAAUGUGGAUCGGAGUAGUGCUCAGCAUUUGGAAGUUACCGUUGGAGAUCUGACAGUCAUUAUUACAGACUUUAAGGAGAAAACGAAGUCACCGCCUGCAUCUAGUGCUGCUUCUGCAGAUCAGCACAAUCAGAGUGGCUCUAGUCCUGAUAACACAGAGAGGGGAAUGUCCAGGUCAUCUUCACCUAGAGGAGAAGCCUCAUCAUUGAAUGGAGAAUCCCAUUAAAGUUUAUUUUCUCCAAUUUCUUAGUUCAUUCAUAUCAUGCAAAUAUACAGAUUAUGCCAAGAAGUACCACAUUUUCAUGACAAACACAUUCAUGCACAAUUCAUAAUUUGCAUUUUACAUAAAAGAGAAAUUUGUUAGAAUUUGUUAGAUUUGAUUGCAAUCUAUGCCUACCAAACAUUUCCAGACUUUAACAUUUUGGUCUCCACAAUUAAAGGUGCCAUGAAAAUGUGGUUGAAUUAUUCAUUAUGCAGUGUUAUUGGUAAGUCUAUUUUCACUUUUAGUUUAGUGAAUUCUAACACAUAAUUCUUGAAUUCUCUACUAUUGGCAUGUAACGAAGUUAAAUUUUUAUAACAUAGUGCAACCUGCCUAAAUAUGUAUUAUUUGAGAAUUGUGAAACAAAUAGUUAUAUGUAUACAAGUCAAAGAUCAACUUAAUCAACUAUUGCUGCAACAGGAUUUUCUUAAUGGCUAUCCUCUUAAUACACCUGCUGGUACUUGGUGUGGUUAAAUAGAAAAACUGUUAUUAAAUAAAGAAUUUGUAUGAACCGUUGCCAAUAUUUUUGACACAUUUUGCUAAAUUAUUUUUUCCUGAAUUUUGUUUCUGGUUUUACCUCCUUUUUUUUUUUUUUUUUUGCUUUUUUUUUUUUUUUGCUUUCAAAACAUUCAUUUGUUGUAAUGUUUACUCUCAGACUAGUAAACAAUAAAACAUUGAUUAUUUAGCUUUAUAAUUCAAGUUUAGUGCUAUUGUCAUUGAACACUGGUAUUUUCUGUAUUAUAUAAAAUAUUAAAAUUCAAAUAAUUAUAAGCAUUUGACAAAAGCAGAAGAGAAAAGAAACCUGCCAUAUUUUAAAAGCUGCAGUUUUGGAAAAGCUUUAACUUAAUAGUUCUAUCACUGUUUCCUCGCCCCAAACUUUAUCCAGGGUUAUAGAAGUAUGAAUCUAAUAAAUACAGAAAUGACAACUGUUGCACAGAACUGGGAAAAAGACUAGUUUUAAAUCAGUUUAAUUGGCCUCUUAUUAAAUGUAACAAUUCUUAUGAAAAUCAUAGUGCCCUAUUUUCAGACACAGCUGCCAGUUUAUGCAUUUAUCAAUAUCCCAAAAUAAAUAUUUACAGCUCCACGUACUAUUAUGUAAAGUUAUGAAUAAAAUAUUUUUAUGACUACAGAUUUUGCAUUUUUGUUUACAACUAAUAAAGUGUUUUAUGUUAUAUUUAAAAAUCAAACCUAGAAACCACACAGUACUUCUUAAAUUCUCCUAAGGUCUCCUGCUUUUUCUUAGCCAUUUACUUAAUAUAUAGCCACCUGUAGGAGACUUCUGCAAUAUCAAUGAACUUAACAACAUAACUUGGAUACAAGAUAUCACAUAAAGACAUCAUGAUAGCAUUUUAAGAAAAAAAUAAAACUGUAGACCCUGACAGUUGUGAUAUAUGGUGGUUUCAUGUGAUAAUGUAAUUUUCUGUUUUAUUGCAGUACUUUUUACAGGCACAAUGGUACUGUCUUUUUUGUAAGAUGCUAGUUGUGAAAUAUAGUUAAUUGCAUACAGUAAAAGUCUGUGAUUAAAACAUUUAUAUACCUCAUUCUUUAGUGUUGUUAAAUGAAAAAUUAAAAUUUGUUUUUAUUAUCAGAUACUUUCAGUGGAACUUCAACUAACUGGUUAUGUUCUUUUAAAAAACAUGAAUUUUUUUCUGUCUUAUUUUUUUUUUACCAUAUUUCAGAUGUUUUUUAAAAUAUGCUUAUUUUUAGACAUAGCAAAAAUUACAAAUAAUAAUAGGGAAAAUAUUAUAAAUUUUAAGUCAAAACUAUGCUUUAGAGGUACUGGGUCUUCUGAUGAUAUUCAAAUACUUUCAGAAUGUAUUUUCAAUGGACUGCAAAAGAGACAAAUCUGACAGAGGGUGGGAUUUUACCUGAAUGGGGGUGGCAUAGUCAUCUUUCUAUAUUGGUGGGGAGAUAAUGUAGCAUGGAAAUUAAAGUACUAACUGGUGUUUGGCAUUUGAAUCCCUGUUGUAGAACCUAAGGGACCUUGAGUAAAUUACUUAUUACUCAGGGUCACUUCCCAUCUAUUAAACAGGGUGAUGAUACUCAUAUCUGACUCAUAGGGUUGUUGGGAUGAUUAAGUGUCAAUCCAUAUAAAGUUCUUAACAAUUACCUGACAUAUACUAGAUGCUUAAUAAAUGUGAGCCAUUACUAUCUUAACUGGUAAAAUUUCAUUACAAAAAUA